CAUCCCUAAUCAUACUCCACUCUACUGAGCACUCAACCAUGGGACUCUUUUCCCUUAUUUCUGUUCUCCUCCUGCUUGUGACUAUAAUACCAAAAGGAAACACUGGUGUUAUUCCAGGACAAAAACAGUGCCUUAAAUUGAAAGGACUCUGCAAAGAUGGUGGAUGUACCACCACGGAAGACACCAUUGGCGUCUGUAACCAUGAAAAAAAAUGUUGCAGGAAAUGGUGGAUAUUCGAACCAUAUGCAACACCAGUUCCUAAAGGAAAAUCCAAUUAGAUGCAGACAGACUGUAAACUCUCUCCAAACAUCAGAAUCCAUGUACAAAUCAGUCAGACUUCUGAUAAACUAAAUUAAUUUUUUUGGUCUCUUAACUGGAAAUAAAUAUUGUUCUAAUUCCA